AUGGGGUCAGUUUUUUGUCCUAUUAUGGCUUUUGCUUUUAAUGAUUUUAUUGAUGAUAUGGGUCUCAUAAAUGUUCCUAUGAUUGGGAAGCAGUUCACUAGAAUCGACGCUAUUGGUUCCAAGUUAAGUAGGUUGGAUAGGUUUCUGGUGGAUGAAGCUUUUUAUGAUAGAUUUGACCACCUUCAAGUUUCGGUUCUUGAUAGAAGGUGGUCUGAUCAUUGCCCUAUUUUCUUGCAUGUGUCUUUGGUGGAUAAUGGUCCUUCAUCAUUUAAAUUCUUCAACUCUUGGUUAGAGCUUGAUUGGUUUUAA